AUGGUAGCAACUAUUGAAGUCCCAGCUUCCUACUCAUCACUGCCCUUCAAGGAUAUCAUUAUUUCUCAUGUACCAGAAGACUCGCCUGUCGCUACCAAGGUUCUUAUCUUAGCCUUCAACCGUCCUGAUAAACAUAAUGCUGUUACUGAGAAUCUUCUCAAUGAGCUUGAGAAGGCCUACCGACUUAUUGAUCAAGACGAGCGAGUUCGGGCUGUUGUUCUGACUGGUACAGGGAAGGCCUUCUGUGCGGGAGCGGAUCUCCAGAUUGGCUUUUCCGGGCUGAUGACUCACCAAGCGAGUCAAGAGUCCAUCGAUAGAUAUAGGGACCAGGGAGGCAAAGUUGCUCUUGCAAUGGCAAGCUGCACUAAACCCACUAUUGUCGCCAUCAACGGCCCUGCAGCCGGCUUCGGGUUCACUAUAACCUUCCCUGCCACCAUCCGCGUAGCCUGGGCUGGAGCAAAAGUCGCUCUACCUUUCGCACGUCUCGGCUUGAGCCUCGAGUCUUGCAGUGCCUAUUUUCUUCCACGCUUGAUCGGACUUGCCAAGGCGAUGCAUAUUGCCACCACUGGCGAUACCUACCUUGCUUCAGAUCCAAUCGUUAGCCCUUUAUUCUCGAAGCUCCUUUCGACUCCACAAGAAACUUUACUUCACGCUGUGGAGCUUGCAUCCCGUGUCGCAGAAAGUACCUCACUUAUUAGCACUAAGCUUAUGAGGGACAUGCUGCUGUAUAACUCGGAGACUCCGGAAGAAAUGCAUAAGUUGGACUCAAAGGUUUUCAUCUCGCUUGUUGGGUCUAAGGACAAUAUGGCCGGUAUUCAAGGUGUUACGAAGAAACAACGUCCAGACUUCAGUGGGACCUUCGAUCGAAAGGCUGUGCCCUUUUGGCCUUGGUGGGACGCGGACAACAGCGGGGUUUCAAGUUCAAAGCUGUAA